AUGGUGUCGGCAAAUAGGGAAAUGGCCGUUUACUGCUUUGACACGCUGGUGGCUCACUACAACAGCGAACAAGCUCCUCCUCCAGCCUUCGAUGAGGGUCAACACCCAUUAUUUGUGACCUGGAAGAAAGUGGUGAAUGGAGGGGAGCCUCGCUUACGUGGAUGCAUUGGAACUCUUGAAGCUCACUGCAUAAUCAAUGGUUUCAGGGACUAUGCUCUAACAAGUGCCCUUAGGGAUCGUCGAUUCCCCCCAAUACAAGCUAAAGAAUUGCCUUACUUGCAAUGUACAGUUUCCAUUCUGACAAAUUAUGAAACUGCUCGUGACUACCUUGACUGGGAGGUCGGAAAGCAUGGGAUGAUUAUUGAAUUUACAGAUCCUGAUUAUAAUACUAGGCGAAGUGCCACGUACUUGCCUGAGGUGGCUGCUCAUGAAGGCUGGACAAAAAUAGAGGCAAUUGACUCAUUGAUUAGGAAGGCAGGUUACAAUUGCACCAUCAACGAAUCACUGCGGAAGCGUAUUCGGCUCACCCGUUACGAGAGCACCUUAUUUACCAUGCACUUCAGUGAGUAUGUUGCUUAUGUGAAGGCAGCUAGAGGUGCUGCUCCAGCUAUUAAUGGGACAAAACUACACUAA